UAGCUAGCUUGAGGAGUGGGCGGGAAAGAGAAGCAAGGCUACGCCUUUGGCUCGCUUCUACUACUUCUAAUAUCACUUAUCAGACUCAGUAAAGCUCUCUCUUUUUCUUUCGGCAUUGCUAAAAUCAGUUAUUGACUUCAACUCAGUAAUGGGUAUCAAGGGUUUAACAAAGCUGUUGGCGGAUAAUGCUCCAAAAGCUAUGAAAGAGCAGAAAUUCGAGAGCUACUUCGGUCGUAAAAUUGCUAUCGAUGCCAGCAUGAGCAUCUACCAGUUCCUUAUUGUAGUUGGAAGAAGUGGAACUGAAAUGCUGACUAAUGAGGCUGGUGAAGUCACCAGUCACUUGCAAGGCAUGUUUAAUCGCACUAUUAGGCUUCUCGAGGCUGGAAUCAAGCCCCUCUAUGUCUUUGACGGGAAGCCUCCAGAUUUAAAAAAACAGGAGCUUGCUAAGCGAUACUCAAAGCGUGCUGAUGCUACUGAGGAUUUGGCUGCAGCUGUCGAGUCUGGUGUUAAGGAAGAUAUUGAGAAAUUCAGUAAACGGACAGUCAAGGUGACAAAGCAGCACAAUGAUGACUGCAAAAGACUUUUAAAACUCAUGGGAGUGCCUGUAAUUGAGGCUCCUUCUGAAGCAGAAGCACAGUGUGCUAUGCUUUGCAAAUCAGGAAAGGUCUACGCUGUGGCUUCUGAAGACAUGGAUUCCCUUACUUUUGGAGCCCCUAGAUUUCUUCGCCAUUUGAUGGAUCCCAGCUCAAGGAAAAUCCCGGUUAUGGAAUUUGAAAUUCCAAAGAUCUUGGAGGGGCUAAACCUUAGCAUGGAUCAAUUCAUUGACCUGUGCAUCCUUUCUGGUUGUGAUUAUUGUGACAGCAUUCGAGGAAUUGGAGGACAGACUGCCUUGAAACUCAUCCGACAACACGGUUCUAUAGAGAGCAUACUAGAGAACAUAAACAAAGAAAGGUACCAAAUACCAGAGGAUUGGCCAUAUCAGGAGGCUCGACAGCUUUUUAAAGAACCAGCUGUCCUUACUGAUGAAGAGCAACUUGAUGUCAAGUGGACUUCCCCAGAUGAAGAAGGUUUGAUUACUUUUCUGGUGAAUGAAAAUGGGUUCAACAGUGACAGGGUGACGAAGGCAAUAGAGAAAAUCAAAGCUGCCAAGAACAAGUCCUCACAGGGCCGAUUGGAAUCAUUUUUUAAGCCAGUUGCCAACACAUCUCAACCUGUUAAGCGGAAGGGUACCAAGUGUGUUCUUCGUCCUCCUAAACCAGCAAUCAAGCUUAAAAUGCUCUCUCUGCAAGUCUGUAGUUAUACUUCUGUGCCCAAGACCAUUGGCAGUCUUAGCAUGCUGACACUGAAUCUGUUUUCGAAGCACUCCACAACAUCACCCAGAGGUGUCUGCUUCAGCGCUUGAAGCUGAAAACCCUGGAAGCCGAGAAGACCAGUAAAGAAACUAGCGCUAAAAAAUCGAAGGGUGGUAGUGGUAAAAAGAAGUAAUCGGUUGGCAUAAUUAAAUCCAUAUUAGAUGGAUUUGACCGCAUUUGACGUUCUAAUCAGGUUACUGGUCUUCACAUCAGAGAACACCUUGUUUCUAGCGGGACGCAUGCAAUUCCAAAUUUUUCCUAGAA